CUGGCCUCGGUUCCCACCACUCUUCACCAUCACUCCAGUCUCGAGCAACACACACACCACAAACAUCAACCAAGCAGCCCAGUCUUGUUUGCUGGAAGGAGAUCAAUGGCGGGGAAGCUCUACCAGCUCAUGGCCAGGCUGCACCUGGCCAAGGGGCGGGCGUCGGCGGACGUGCCUAAGGGCCACUUCGCGGUCUACGUCGGCGAACAGCGGAAGCGGUUCGUCAUCCCGACGGCGUACCUGAGGCACCCGUCCUUCCUCGUGCUGCUCAAGCGGGUGGAGGACGAGUUCGGCUUCGACCACCGCGCCGGCGGCGGCCUCACCAUCCCCUGCUCAGAGGGCGACUUCGCCGACAUCGUCGGUGGCUGCUCGUCCUCCUCCUCCCCGGCGGUGGAUUACCACUAGAUAUGUAGUAGCAGCUCAUCCGACCACACCGGCGCCGGCGCAUGCAUCGGCCGGUCCAGCCAUCGAUAUGAUCACUGCUAGAUUGCUACAUUAGGACGGAUACAUUUUGUUAUUAGCUGAGGAUUAAUUCUUCUUGGAACGUGGCAUUAGUACUCACCAAUGUACUGUUGCAUUUGCUUGAACCAUGUAAAUUACUCGUCACAUUAAGGGAUA